AUGUCUCGCUCCAGUAGACGGAAUGUGAACUUUUACAAUGGUUCAACGGGUGCUCAUCUUGGGGGCGUUCGACAGAAUGGAUCUAUCUCAAACGCUAAUUUUUUCCACAUGCUAAUGGAUGUCAUCCUCGUCGUCGAUGAACCGAUUUCUAUCCACUUUGGAGAGACCGGAGAACGGAUGCCAAUGAAUACGGAUCAGCUAACAGAAGGUGACUCGACUACGAUAUCGUUUGUCCUUGAGAUUAAACUGACGGAAGAGGAUUGCGUGCGACGAGUCUACUCCCGUAGCCAAAGCGGCACACGUAUUCCUUAUGGAGCGCAGGGAACUCUGGCGCUAGUGCGAUUUCAACCGUUUUAUUACGCAUCCCGGACGACACUCAGUCAACUCAGCACAGAACGGCCUAUUACUCUCAGCACAGACGCACCAGCUAUUCGAUAG